AUGGCAUACAAUGAUUGCAACAAGUCUUUAGAUAAAUUUGAAUACAUAAGAAAAACAUAUAGACCAGCAAACCAUAAUAGUCGUGUGUGUGAUAUUACUGAGAAACUAUUAAAUGAUACUGCAGAAAAAUCAUAUUUUCCUACAUCUGUCACUGCCAUUCAUGCACUUGUGUAUACAUUUGUACACACUUUAGUAAUUAUUUCACCAAUAGUAUCUGAAAAGACAGAAGAAGCUUCUAGGCUAAUAAAAAUGAUAAAUGGUUUUUUAGUCCGUUUAGCUGCUGGAACAUUGGUAGCUAUUGAUCCUGAUGAAGCAACUGUUGGUUAUUCACACAUACAAAUACAGAAUUAUAAUAGUUUGGCUCAAUGUAUAUUCCUUGAAGGUUUGGUAAAAUGUCUUCUAGUGAAAGAUGUUCAAUUAAGAAGAUUUGUCAUGGAAAAUCUUUUAAUGAAACAUUGGAUAUUGCCUGAUCAAACAAUGACAUCUCUAUAUGAACAUGUUGUGCAAUUAUUUUCACAAGCUGCUUUUGAGAUGCUUUCUGAUCCUAAAUCCUCUAUUAUUGAUCAAAACAAUCCUUUUUCAUCAUUACCAUACCUUAUACUCAACAUUUUAUAUAAUAAAUUACCACCUAAAGAUCUUCGUAGAAUGUCACCACAGGUUAUACGAAGCCUUAUCAGUGUAUUAGUGUCUAUAUUUACUUUAUCAUGGCCUGAACUUGCACCACAACGCAGUAGUUCACUUUCUACACCCAAUGCCACCGAUAAUCAUUCUUCAUCUUCUUCAUUCACACAAAGAGUACCUAAGCAAACAGACAUUGAAAUUCUAUCAUUGGCAAAAAAAUAUGUUGAGGAUUUAUGGAAUGAAGGAUGGAAAAUGGAAGUCAUAGAGCUUGUCAAAGAAACAUUUCAACAAGAUAGCCUUGAAAGAAUUAUUGCAGUGCUAGAUCAAUUGGUGUUUGGCAUAAAUGAUACUAUGGGAAAUGAUAUUAAAAUUAUAUCAACACAACCUGAAACAUCACCAAAUUUAAAAAAAUUAUUAUUGUCACUAUGUACAAAACAUCGGCAACAUUUUUAUAAACCUAUACUUGCAUGUGUUGCAUCAGAUUCCGAAUCAAAGAUUGCUAGUCAUCUUCAUCUUAUUGCAACUUUACAAAAAUAUUUAAGUCCUGUAGAACUUUUUAUGCAAGAUGUUGAAUUCAUGAGUGUUAUUAUUUUAAGUGAUGUUGGUCCGGGUAUAACAAAGACUGCUGGAAAUAGUCAUGAUCUAACUUCAACUGCGCCAAAUUCAACAUCUAAAUGUGUAUGGGGUUCCACUACAUUAGGUCAAUGCGUUAUUGUAAUGGAAUUUGUGUGGAUAAUUAGAGAAUUAAGGUUGAAUAAUUCUGGUCAUUCAAAAAAUUCAAAACAAGAUGUGAUUGCUAAAAUUUUCUUAAAUGAUCUGGAAAAACAUUUAGCAAUUUUUAUAAUUGCAAAGGUUGAUUCCAAUACCUUUACGUGUCUUAUUAUUCCAGGAUGGUUAUCUCGUAUAAUUGAUUGGAUGAGUUAUUCAGCUCCUGGUGCUGCCAUAUAUCGGGAUUCAAUAAUCCAGCUCAAUAAAUUAAACAAUCCUUUUAAAUUAUUUUCUGAACCAGAAGUUGAUAAUAACCAACUUAAUGAAGUUGAAUGGAUUUUUCAGCGAAUAAGGGUUGUUUAUGCAAAUCUAGAAGAUUAUAAUUCAAAUGAUUCAAAUCAAGGUGAUCAAAUGGACGUUCCUGUUCCAUUUAUACCAAUUCCUUUGUCAACUACAACACCACAUACACCAACUACUCCCAAAACUCCAUUAACGCAAUAUAGUGAACUGAAAAGACAUUCUACAAUUAUUGUUUCAAAUACUACAAUAAAUCAUCCACUCCGUUCAUCAUCAAAAUUACCGACACAUCGUCUUCAUCGAUUUAACAACUUCAAUGAAGAUCCUGCUGGUUCAGUACUUUCUUUACUUGUUGCAGUAUUCUCCACUUUGACAUCUGAAGAGUAUGUAAAAAUAGCACCACGUUUAUGGGACAGGUUUUUGAAUGAUCGUGAACAUCAACCUUUUGCCUCGGCCUCAUUUCUUUUUAUACAGUGUGGUGAAAAAGCUUAUAAAAUAGUAAAAAAUUUAAUCAUGAAGGAUCUUUACAGUACAAAUGCAUUGACCCGUGCCAUAACUAUUCGUAAAAUUUCUUCAUUGUUUGGUCACAGAAGUCAACUUUUAAGCCAACCUUAUGUGUCUGAUUCUAACAGGCGACGUCCUUUCCGAUCACAAGCUCCAGCAAUUCCUUUUGUUCCAACUGAACUUGGUACUUCAGAAAUGAUGAUGUAUGAAUAUUACAGAGGCUUGUCCAAUAAAAAUGAUAAUAAAUUGUCCACAGAUGUUAAAAAAAGAAUUCAAGAACUAGGUUGGGAAGAGGAAGAAGGAGAAGGUUUGGAAAAUUUAAAACGUAUUACAACGCCAAUAUCAUUAAUACCAACCUUUUAUCUUGAUGAAGAAGAAAUGAAAAAUAAAGAAGAAUCAAAUAUAUUACAUUCUCAUGAAAAAAUCAAAAGAAAUAUUCGUGGCAAUCACCCCAACAACAAUAUGCAAUCAAAUGCAAAUAAACGUAGAACAGCAUCAAUUCUAAUAUUAAGUUCCUUUUCAUUGCGACUUGUAGAUUUAUUGGAUGAUCUUCAUGGAGGAGUAUUUAACCUUACUAAAGAAAUUAUAAUUUAUUUUCUCAGAGAUGAUCCUCUUUUAUUUCUUCGAAUAUUUUUUAGUGAACUGGGCACAAUCAACUUUGAAGCACAAAAAGAACUUCUCACAAAAAUCCAUUUUCUUAUUUCAAUGCAACAUGUUUUUCCUUCAGGCUUUUCACAUACCCUUUUCAAUCAUCUUGCUGGAAUUUUGAAGUGGUAUUCACGUGAUAACAAGAGUAAUGGUUUAGGACUUAUGACAUAUGUUAUUCCUAUUUUAGCAGAAAUUGUACCUACAGUCAAUGAUUUACUUGUUCGCGAUUUUCGGAAAAACAAAAUAGAAAAUAUUCUUUGUAACAAUGGUCAAUUUUGGUUCACAGAUGGUUCACCUUUGGAUAUGUUUCCACGAAAUUUGACAAAUGAUCAGGUUACAUUUCAAAUACUUGAUGUGCCACUUGUAAUGUUUCAAGUAGCUAUUCUUCGUAUUGGUCAUAUACAUUUCAUGACCAAUUUUGUUAUUAAAUGUCCACAUGAAGUUUACUCAGUCAAAAAGAUGAUACAAGCAUAUAUACCAAUGCCAUCUACAAAUGCAUCUGAAGAUUCAAUAUGUGGGUUGAAUGAAGAUGAAUAUUAUUUACCAGAUAUAAAAAAAUCUAAAGGUCAUACAAGUGAAUUUUCUAAUCCAUCUACAAGAAGAAAAAAGGAUGUGAAACUUUUAUCAGCUCUAAGGGCUCGUACAUGGUUAAAAUUUUUAUUGGUUAUGCUUGAGCGGUUAAAUAGAAACUACAAUGAUAGAAAUGAACUCAAUAUAUUUUUGAAUGGUGCAAAUAGAAUUCUUUUAGAAAAUGCUGAUGAUUUUGGUAUUGUUGGCCAAACAUUGAUUUUAUAUACAACCACAGUCACAAGAUUUCAUAGAUUAUUUGAUGCAAAUCGUGGUUAUUCUAUAUUUAUUCCAGCUUUAUUUAAAGUUUUUUGCGAGUCCGAAAAAAUUCCACCAAUUCGAUCAGCAAUUAUUUUUGCAUGGUGUAAAUUCUUUCGUAUUCACGGCGAAUCUUUUAUUUUUCAGGCUCUUGGUUGUCUUACACCUUUGAUUCUUAAGGGGUCAAUUAAAUCAACAAAACUAUGUGAAUGGAUGAGCUUGUCAUUAUAUGAAUUAUUUAAAGCAUUAAAUUUUCCUGUAAAUCAGGGUGAUUCAUUAGGGAUACAUGAUAUAGUUGAUGAAUUAGAAACUGUGGAUACAUUAUUCUCUGACCCACUUCCAUUAUUUAGUGGCACAUUUAAAAAAAGGGCUAAUAGUAUGGCAUCUAAAGCAAAAUCUGGUUUAUUAGGAACACAGGAAGAAAAAAUAUUUUCUUUAGAAGAUUUGGUGAGAUUAUUCAUGACAAUUAUUGCUUAUGAUCCUGGUUCACUUCGUGCAGAACAAUUUGUACAAAUUUUACAAUAUUUAGUACCUCAUUUGUUGCAAGAAUCUUCUUCAAUAAGAACAUUGGUGGAUGACGGAAUGGCAGCUUUAACUGAAGUAUUCCUCAAGUUUUCUAAAUCAUCAAAGCCUAUAAUAAAUUCAAUGGGAAACAUUAAUAACACCAAUAUUUAUAAUUCUGAAAAUGGAAACAAAAAUGAAUCAAUGGAUAAUCUUAAUAUAGAUAAUAAUGAUUUACAUAUUUCAGAGGCAACAGCUCAGGCUUUUGGAAAACAAUGGCAACAAAAUGAUCGUAUGACAAUAAAGAGAAAUUUUUUGGUUCUUGUUCAGAAAUAUAAGAAAUAUGGAGGGAUUUUAUCAGAGAAUUCACAUAGCAAGUUGGCAAAUAUGAUUUGUUUAAUGAUAAAAGAUUAUGCAGCAGCAAAGAAAAAAAUUUCGACAAAUUUUCUUAAAGAUUAUAUUAAGGAUGCUUUACUUUUCAAUACAACUUUUGAAGAUGGAAGAAAACGUAUCACAUCACUUAUACGACAAGUUGCACCGUCAUUUAGGCAACAUUACAAAUCAAUCGAUUUUUCUGGAUUUAUUGAUGGACUUGUUCUUAUUGUAACUGAUAAAUUAAAAUUCACAAUGAAUGAUCAUACAAUGGCUUCUUUCAUCAAAGAAAAAUAUAUUUCAUUUGGAUUGAGUGUUGCGUUAAGACCUGAUAGAGAAGAUGGAGAGCCUAUGCAACUUCAUUUAUGUCAAAGUUUGGUUGACUUGUUUGUUUCAAUGAUGGUAUAUUCAGAUCAAGAUAUACUUUCUGAAUUAGAUAGAUAUUUGCCAACACAUCAACUUAUAGCAUAUGUUUUAAUUCCAAUAUGUUUACAAUAUAAACCAGAAGAUUCUGUGUUUAUGCCAUUACCUUCAAAAAACGACUCACAUAAAUCAAAAGCAGCAGAUUGUUGGAUUAGAAUUUUAUAUUUUAUUACAAAAGCAUGUAAUAAAGGGAUAGUUUUAAGAUCAAAAACUACAUCAUUUGGUUUUCGUAGCACAUCAAACAUAUCAAAUCCGAUUACUGAUAACAAAGAUGAAAAUGAAGAAAAUAAUUCGGGAAAAGUUGUAUCAAUAACAGCUGAAUCAACGGCUACAUUUAUAUUAAGUUUUAUUGCACUCAAAAUUUUGCUCGUACGUGCUGAAAAAUACAUUACACAUACAAAAGGUAUGUGGGUUCAUAUUGCACAAUUUAUUAGACAAAUGUUGAAUUUUGCAGGGACAGCAUCUUUGUCACAAAAAUCAAAAACAGCAAUGAUUUCAUCAGGAUCUACUCCGGCAACAAGUAUGCCCAAUUUACAUGCAAACAACGAUAUUAGUGAAACAACUAAUGAUAGAAAUUCUUUUAAUCCAAAUUCACGAUCAAUUUUUUUAUCUUCAACUCAAGAUUUUGUUUUGUGGGCAUUUUUGGAAUUGAUAUUGUAUUACAAGCUUCCCAUUAAUCUAUACAUGAGAACAUUUAUUCAUCAAAAACUUCAACAAGCAGUUCUUUUUACUAAUGGCAUGCACCAUAAAGGCUCAUCAAAUGAUAACUCAAAUAGACAAUCAUCGCCAAUUAUGGCAUCGGAUUCAAGAAGAUCACGUUGGAAAAGUUGGGGAGGACCACCAGCAGGAAAUCAACAAAUAUUAAGAGAUAUUAGUGGUACCUCAUAUGAAGCCAAAAAAUAUUCAAGUGUUAGGUCUCGAAAUGAAAACGAAAGUAAUGUAAAUAAUAUAAAUUGCAAUCAAAAUGGCUCUUUUACAUCACCAUCUGGAAUGAUUAAUAAUAAUAUGAUUAAUAACCUAAUCAAUGAAACCUUUAAUUCAUACUCUAAUGUUCAUACUUUAAUGGGAUAUGGUGGUUAUGUCACCAAUGUGGAUGAUUCAGCACAAGAAUUGAGAUCGUGGAGUUAUUCACAAGUUUUGGAUAAGUUGAGAGAAGAAAAAAAAUUAGUCAUGGACACAUAUAAAAAUAUAUUUAACAGUACAUCAUUAAAUGAAGGUGCUGGUAAUCAUAUAAACAUUGAUGUUAAUAAUACUGGUGAUCUAUGA